AUGACCUCCCGGCCUACGACACUCUCCCAAACCUUUCCAUGGAUCAUAACACCCCUUAUAGUCUCCGCCCCCAUGCGCGCGGUGUCGGGCUACAAACUCGCAGUCGCAGUUUCUAAAGCUGGGGGCAUAGGCUUUUAUGGACCGGGCUACGACCUGGACUUCGUCCCGGCUGCUCUCCGAGCGGCCCGCGAAGCCUUCUCUCUCUCGGAUCCUGCGGAGGUGCUGCCCAUCGGCGUCGGCUUCCUCCUAUGGAAAGCCCCGCUGGAGCCGGUGCUCGACGUGUUGAAGACGUACCGCCCGGCCGCGGUCUGGCUAUUCGCGCCGAAUGACGAAGCGCAAAUGCAAGAGUGGGUGUACGCAAUCAAGAGCAGCGCACCGGGUAUGAGUAUCUGGGUGCAGGUCGGCAGCCUCGCGGAGGCAGAGUCGGUCGUUCAGUUGGGUGUGGAUGUGCUGGUACUCCAAGGUGGGGACGCAGGCGGCCAUGGAAUUUCUGGCCGCAGGGGGAGUGUCAUGCAGCUGGUACCCGAGGUUGUGGACUUUCUUGGCGGUGGAGCCGGAGGCGGAAGGAAAGCGCCGGCCAUUUUGGCCGCCGGCGGAGUUGUGGACGGGCGGGGGGUUGUAGCAGGGUUGGGGUUGGGGGCGGAGGGGGUUGUCCUGGGGACGAGGUUUAUUGCAUCCACAGAGUCCGAGGCACAUGCAGGGCUUCUGGGAGCUGUGGUUGGGGCUAGGGACGGGGGGAGCGGGACUGUCAGGUUUGUUUACCUACUCUGCCCCGGUGAGUGGGGUAAGUGGCUUAUGGUGGGGCUAUGGUAGGACAAGGCUCUAUGACGAGCUCCGUGGGACAGGGGAUUGGCCGGAGCAGUACGACGGCAGGGCUAUUGUUAAUGAUACGUUUCGGGAUGACGUUAGUGGGUUGUCGAGACUUAGGAAUAAGGCGCUCUACGAUAAGGCAGUGGAGGCGGAGGAAUGGGAGAGGUUGACCACGUUUGCGUAUGUUGCUUCACCCUCAAUGUUCUCAAUCAGUGUUUGGCGGUGGGUGGGGAGUGGAGCGUGAGCGAGUGCUGAUAGGUGACUUAUAGUGGGACCGGAGUGGGACUGGUAAGGGAGAUAUCACCGGCUGGGAGUAUUGUGGAGGAGAUCAGGCGUGAGGCUGUGGCUAUUAUUGAUCGGUUGGGGAAGGUUUAUGCUUUGUGUUGAUGGUUUAGCUAUGUGGGGGGAUAGGUCGGGACUGUACCGGUAUCGGUAUCCAGAGAUUUGGGCCGCUGAUUCACAUAAUUUAGUACAUAUCAUGAAAACGAACUUGGCUCAAUUGUAUGAAAAUAAUAACUAGGAAUGCGUUUGAAAGUCAUGAAAUGCUGGAAGGAGAUGCGCAUAGAAGGAGGAGAUAGCAACAAACUUAAUGUGAAGGAAGAGUUUGGAGUUUGAAUACAAAAGUUGACUUAAAUAUAAUAAUUAUGGAAUUAAAGCUAAUACUACGACCACAGAAUAAUAAUAAUAAAUAGGUAUCAUAUUGCUUAGAGU